AUGUGGAAGAAACUAGGGCUGCCGAGGCCCAUCCCUUCCGACAGUGAUGACGAAGCACGGGACACCCCUCCACCAGCCACCACCAGCACUGAAACACCACCGGCCACUGGAACAGAGACAGGACGCACCGACUCACCGGCCGUCCAGACAUAUCACCGGCAAAGGAAAUGGCCAAGAACGCCGACACCACCUCCACCGUCCACAUCCCCAAUAACCCCGACGGCGAACCCUAAGGGCGAAACGCCACCAGAGGCCACCACUUCCUCCGGCCACGGCCAGAAACGGCUAAGAACUCAGUCGCCACCUCCACCGCCGAUAUCAGAGCUAGAACCAGAAACCACCAUUGCUACACAUCCCGCAGGACAUGAGGAAGGCGAUGCACCCACUGAAGUGCCCAGCAAUUUGCCCACUGACGCGCCCACUAGUACGCCCAGUGAUUUCACCAGCAAUUUGCUAAGCGCUAUGCCUAGUGAUAUGCCCACUGAUGCGCCCAGCAAUGUGCCAAAUGCUAUGCCCACUGAUGUGCCCACUGAUGUGCCCAUUGAUGCGCCCACAGACUUACCAAGCGACACACUCAGUGAUAUGCCCAGCAAUUUGCCCAGCGAUUUGCCCAAGCCAGUAUACCCAGAUCACAUCGUUAAAGCCCUGACAUUCAACAAAAUUUCUGAGCGCACCAGGCUGGUUAAAGUUUCAUCUCUACCAUAUCACCCAGGUCCAGUAAUGCCACGCCAUGAGCGUGUUUUCAGAAGGAAGAAGGCCACCACAAACACCACCACUCAGCAGCCAGCCUCCACAGCAGCCCCUACAGAUGGGACAACACAGGAAACAGGAUGGAAUUCUCUUGGUAGAAGGAUAUCCUCGUGA